CGCUGCGAGCAGUAGUAGUUUAUUGCUGUUGCAGUGCAUUAUCCUACACAUUUUUUUUUUUCAUUACCCCCGUUUUGCGACGCCUCUUUUGCCUUGGACUCACGUACCCGUGCCGCUCCUGUGCUGUGAUUUACCGUUGCAUCAAGACAGAUCGCGACAGAAGGGCUUAGUAAGAGAAAAAUAAAGAGAGAGAGUGAAGCACUCUCUCGAAAGGCAUGUGCUGGGCCGCAAUGGCCCGCAAGGACGAUCCCGUUUUCAAUGUGCGCUUCGUUCAGUUCGUCGAAGGCGAACCUUGCCUGUGGAAUUACACACACCCCGGCUACAGCAAGAAGGAGGAGGUUCAGCGUGCCUGGCAGCAGGUGGCCAAUGAGAUCAAGGACACGGUACGCAACUGCCGCGAACGAUGGCGCACUAUCCGUAGCAGUUUCCUGCGAUCCCUGAAGCUGGCUCGCACACAAACUGGUCGCGGCAAGCGCAAGUACUACCUGUCCAAGUAUCUGCAGUUCCUCAUACCCUACACCAAGUCCCGAUCGUGUCACAAGCAAUUGACACCCACCUCCCUGACCACCACUGGCUCGGCUGCUGGGAUGGUGCUCCGGAAGCCAGGUAGCAAUCCGUUUCCCUUGCCGGCGGACCAGCUGGAGGAUAACGAGGAGGAGGAGGAAGAGGAGACCAAAGAAAGCGGGGACGAAAUGCCAUUGGAUGUGCAGGUUUCCGAGGAGGAAGAGGAGGUGGCAGUCAACCAGUCUAGGGAGGAGCAUCAUCAGCAGCAGCAGCAGCAGGAGGAUCAGCAGCAUCGUGCCCCUCCCACCGCCUGUUUGCCACUGCGCCUGCAAGCCAUCAAAGUGGAGCAGCCCUCGCUGCACCCCCCACCCAAUCCCAAUGCAAAUCCCCAGCUGGACAAGAUCGUGGCCCAUCAGUCGCUGGUCACUGUGCCUGCUGCUGCUUUGGGCAGCCACAUGGACUGGCAGGAUCUGACGCAUUGGCUUAAGGGCAGCACCACUGCCGUGGGCAAUCACCAUCAUCAGCAUCACCAUAAGAUAUCCACGCCAACGCCACCACCACCGCCGCCAGUGACGCCAGCACAGGGAGGACUGCCACCGGGUUCUAUGCCCAUGGCCAUGCCCAUGUCUAUUCCCUCGCCCGACGCCGACUACUCCUUUCUGAUCAGCCUGCAUCCGUACCUCAAGGAGAUGAGCGGCAAGCAGAAUCGGCGCUUUCGCCAGAAGGUCGUGGGUCUCAUCGACAAUGUCCUGGACAACAUUGAUGUCUAGGGAUUUUAGAGGGAACCAGGAGAGCACAGAGGAUAAACGUUUAAAAAUUGGCUUAUGUGAAAAAUUAAUACGCUUUAAAGGGAAAAGUUAAUUAUUAUUUAAAAUGUUAACUAAAAUCAGCAACAAAUUGCUUUAAAAAAAUAGAUAUGUGUAUAUAUAUUUAA